ACGACCCUUCGCUGUUCCCUGCCUCCAGUCCGAGGCAAUACGAGCGUGCAUUACGUCAGUGGUACUGUGGGAUAGCACUGCGCACUCCUGAUUGGUCCACUUGAGAGAAAGGGGCGUUUCCUGCAGCCUUGCAAGGAUGAACGGAAGGGAAAUGCGUGGCUUCAACACUCACUAUAGACCAGAGGAUAUAGAAAAACUGACAUUGCGGAUAAAAGAUGGUGUUGGCAGCUCAAAGUACAAAUCGGCUGAAUAUGAAAGACUACAAGCCAUCGUUGAAGCCAAGCGUCAAGAAUCUGAUCUCAUCGGACAGAAGGUGCAGAGGACGCUGUGUGUGGCCAAGGCGACCAAGGAGAGUGCCAUACUCCGGCAGCACAGACAGGUGUGGAGCAGAGAGUACCUCAGGCUGGCAAAAGCUGAGGAAAAGAGCAAGACUGACCUGCAUGAUUUUAUAAGGCAGAUGAGGCCAAACAGUAGAACAGACACGGCUAUCUUCUCACUUCAAGAUUAUGACCUGUUCUUGGAGAGGGAGCGAGAAGCGUUUAGGCUUGCCACAGUGGAGCCUGUUCAUCAGCUCAGGGAUGACCUGUGCUUCAGACUGGGUGAAGCACAACACCAGCAGCUUAUUGCACAUCCAUCAAACUGUGACCAAGUGCUACAACAGGUAAACUUUGUGAAAGACCAGCAGGAUGACAUCAUCAAGAAACUUCAUGCAGAAUACCUGGCCUUGGAGGAAGAGAUCACAGCUAAAGGCUUGGAGGAUUAUCUUAAUAGUACUUCAGACAAUCUGGUAAACAUGGAGCAAAUUCCUGAGGAUGUGUUGGAUGCAGAGUGCCCCUACCCAGAACUGAAAGACUCCUUGGUCCAGACCUUCCACUCCCUGUCAGAAAAGUACCAGAACAGGCUCCAUUGCCUCCGAGAAUGCCUGCAAGGAUUGGAUAGGUUCUGUGGCUGGUGUGCAGAUGACCACCUACGCUUCCAGCUGACAGUGGGUCAGUACACUCAUGACAUGCCCAACAGCAGAGCCCUGUACAUGGAUAUGCUGCAAAGACUCUUCCCUGAAAAAAACAGACAGGAGCUGAUUGAGCAUGAACGUAUGUGGGACUGGCAGCGCUUCACCCAGGCACAGCUGAGAGUGGUGGCCCACAGCUGGCAGCGGGACCACGAGGAGCUGCUGGCCAGAGCCCUGGUCACUCUGGAGGAGGCGAGGCAAGCCCACCAGGAGGAGCUGGAACUCCACAGAGACCGCCAGCACCAGCAGGACAUCUGCUCCCGUCUCAGAGACAGGCUGCAGCAGUGGCAUGCCCAGCAGGAAGAAGUGGCAAGGCUGGAGGCGGCUAUAGCUGCUAGACGACAAGAAGAAGAGGAGGAGAGGCUAAAGAGGGAGCAAGAGAAGGAGACGGCCAUCAGAUCACAACAGAGAGAAAAAGUGAGGCAGUUUUAUUUAAAGCAGCAGAGGAGGAGGGAGGCGCUAGAGCGAAGGGAUCAGGAGAGACUUGCCCAGCUGAGGAGCAUUAUGGAAGAGCAGGCUAGGCGAGAUAAGGAGAGGGUGCAGUUUCGGGAAGAGAUGUUGCAUCGUCGCAGGGAGGAGAGGGAGGUGCGGAGGCUGGAGCGCCAGAGAGAAGAGGAGGAGAGACAGAAUCGUUUGGAGUCUCUCAGAAAUCAGGUUGCGGUGGUGGCAGAAGCAGAUCCGGGAAGGAUGAUGGGAGACACAGAGGCUUGGAGGGGCCGGCAAUGGAAUGUAAAUAAGGAGUUUGAGCUCCAGAAACCCCUCUACAACAUUAACACGUACACAGACACACAGAUUGUGUCUGACCCAAGAGUGCGGAUUGAGCAGGCUCUUCGGCAGGCUGGUCUCCACCACGUCCAGUAUGCCAAAGAGGUCCUGUCUGCUGUCAAACCCCCCAAGCCACCUCGCCGAGACACCAAGUCUACGCUCAAAUUUUGAGACAUCAUCUGUCCAAAUAAAACCAACCUGGCUCUAGAAUUGGACCUUGCAUCUUGGAUUUGCUACCACAGGUUUGGCUAGACAAAGUUAACUGAUUUGCUUUUUAACACAUAAAGAGCAGUACUCAGGAAGUAAACUGAUUAAUGUGAUUGUUUUUUCAGUCAUAAUUUAGGUUACCAAGUGACACUGUACAAACAACAUCAUUAUAAUUUAUUAUCGGCUUUAUACUCUGCUGUGCCUCAUUAGAAAAUGUAACAGUGUCUUUGAGUGAUGAUCAGCAGUGUGUCCCACAAAUGAAAAUUACCUCUCUGCACAUUUGUCUCAAUAUUUGUUGUGUCUAAUCUUUCGAUUA